AUGGUUAAAAGUAAAAUUGAUACUAAAGCCAAAAAUUGGUUACAACCCCAAUACCAUAACCUGGAAGAAUGUAACAAGUGCAGCACCAAAGAACAAAAAGGUCAAUACUCUGAAAAUAUAGAACAGAACUCAAAAGAGUUAACAAAGAAUCCCAAAGUAAAAAGCUUUAACGGAAAACAUAAUAAGGCAACAAAAAAUGAUAUUAAUAGUUUAAAAGAUAAAAACGAAAUCAUUACAUCAAGACAACAUUCAAAAAAAGGUCAAAAAACGUUAAAAAACAACAUUAGUGCAGUUCCUAGAGACUACAUUUUGCUUGAAAACAAAGGUACUGUUGUAACUAAAGUAUCAGAAAAAUCUUUAAAGAAAAAAACAAGACUGUCCAUCGAUAACAACAAACUAGAAGAUAAAAAUAAAAGUAUUAUCUCUGAAUUAUCUCAAGAAAGAAAAAAACACAACAAAGAUAAUAAUAAAAAAAUGAUAGAAUUAAAUUAUGAUGUUGGAGAAAAUAAAAUUUUCAAUGAAUUUAUUUUAGUUUUAAAAGAGAAUCAACAAUUUAUUAACACAGAACAGCAUAACACUAAAAAACGUUUCUUAACCAUCAUGAAAGAUUAUAUUGAUACUAAAAAUAGAUUACCUUUAGUAGGAACCAGUCAACAAACAGGAAAGGAAAAAAAUUUAAGGGAGCAUAAAAAAAUUGUAGAUUUUAAUUCUACUAUUGAUAUUAGAGAAUUUCGUGGAAGUUCUCCAGUAUCACACACAAAAAUAAAAGAACUACACAAAAAGCAAAAAUUUGAAAACCAUCAAAAUACCAAAUAA